AUGGCUAUAUCUUCUCUCUACCCAUUCAAUUCCAUACUUCACUCUCACUCUUCUCAAUCUCUAUAUCUCUGUCAUUCCCUCUUCCAAUCCUAUGGAGACUCACUCUCAAGCAGUCACAGCUUUUUCCAACCAAGAACCCUCAAACGUAGCAGUAGUACUAGUACCACAAGGAUCUUUGUUAUAUCGUCGCACUCCAACCACAAGAUUCUCAAAUCGAAUCGCAGGUCAAGGUAUGGUCAGACAAUGUCCCCUUACGAUAGCGAAGACGACGACAGUGUUGGCAUUGGUGAUGAGGAAGAUGAAGAUGACUCAGAGGAUGAUUGGCUCUCUGAUGUGAGAAGUAUUUUCUUUAUUUCUAUGCUUACUAUUGGCUGUCUUUGUCCUCAUUUCCUGCUUUUGAUAGAGAUUUUUGGCCUAUAUCUCCAGAUUACUGUAGUUUAG